GGAGGUAGUAACCCUCCGUUCUCUUCCGCGGGCGGGAGAGUUAGAUAGCCAUUCAAGAAAACACCAUGAAAGAUACUGACAUCAAGAGACUACUGUAUGUCCAUCUAUUAUGCAUAUUCUCAGUUAUCCUAAGCAUCUUCAUUCCAUCAUUCUUCUUGGAGAACUUCUCGGUACUGGAAACACACUUGACAUGGUUGUGCAUCUGUUCUGUUUCUGUAACUGCCGUCAAUUUAGUCUUGUAUUUAGUAGUGAAACCAAAUGCAUCUUCUAAAAGAAGUUCAUUAUCAUACAAGGUAACCAGAUUUUUGAAAUGCUGUAUCUACUUUCUUAUGUCUUGUUUCUCCUUUCAUGUAAUUUUUGUUCUAUAUGGAGCACCACUAAUAGAGUUGGCGUUGGAAACAUUUUUACUCGCAGUUACUUUGUCCACUUUUACUACUGUACCUUGUUUAUGUUUGUUAGGACCAAACUUCAAAGCAUGGCUAAGAGUUUUCAGUAGAAAUGGGGUUACAUCCAUUUGGGAGAACAGUCUCCAGAUCACUACAGUUUCUAGUUUUCUAGGAACAUGGCUUGGAGCCUUUCCUAUUCCACUCGAUUGGGGAAGACCAUGGCAGGAAUGGCCCAUCUCCUGCACGCUUGGAGCGACCUUUGGCUACGUGGCUGGACUUGUUACUUCACCACUCUGGAUAUACUGGAAUAGAAAGAAACUUACAUACAAGAACAAUUAAUUGGAGCAAAGGGAGAAGGUAUUUCUUUGUGCAGAUUCCAUAAAGACUGUGCAGACAUGUAUAUGGUCUAAGCCAGGCAGUUCCACUUAACAGCACUGUUUUUUAUAUAGUUACAACAUGAUGUGAUUGUAGCUUUUUAAACUAUGAAACCCCUGAGAGAUUGUACCUUCUAGUUGAAAUAAAGUAUUUAUAAUAGAUUGUGGCU